CCCCCCCUCUCCCCCCCCCCUCCCUCCCUCCCUCCCUCUCUCCCCCCCCCUCUCCCCCCCCCCUAUUCCCCUCCCAUCCCCCCAAAUCUUUGUCACCUCCCCCCCCUCCCCCCCCCCUCUCCCCCCCCCUCUCCCCCCCUCUCCCCCCCCCCCCCUCUCCCUCCCCCCCCCUCUCCCCCCCCUCUCUCCCCCCCCCUCUCUCUCCCCCCCUCUCCCCCCCCCCCUCCUCCCCCCCCCCCCCCCUCUCCCCCCCUCUCUCCCCCCCCCCCUCCCCCCCCUCCCCCCCCCCCCCCCCCCCCCCCCCCCCCCCCCCCCCUCCCCCCCCCCCUCCCCCCCCCCCCCCCCCCCCCUCCCCCCCCCCCCCCUCCCCCCCCCUCUCUCCCCCCCCCCUCUCUCCCCCCCCUCCCCCCCCCCUCUCUCCCCCCCCCUCUCACCCCCUCCUCCCCCCCCCCUCCCCCCCCCCCCCCCCCCCCCCCCCCCCCUCCCCCCCCUCCUCCCCCCUCUCUCCCCCCCCCCUCUCUCCCCCCCUCUCUCCCCCCCCCUCUCUCUCCUCCCCCUCCUCCCCCCCCCCCUCUCUCCCCCCCCCUCUCCCCCCCUCUCUCCCCCCCUCUCCCCCCCCCUCUCUCCCCCCCCUCUCUCUCCCCCCCCUCUCUCCCCCCCCCUCCCCCCCCCUCCCUCUUUCCCCCUCUCCCCCCCCCUCUCUCCCCCCCCCUCUCUCCCCUCCCCCCCUCUCCCCCCCCCCCCUCUCCCCCCCCCCCCUCUCCCCCUCCCCCCCCCCCCCCCCCCCCCCCCCCCCCCCUCCCCCCCCCCCUCUCUCCCCCCCCCCCCCUCUCUCCCCCCCCCCCCUCCCCCCCCCCCCCUCUCCCCCCCCCCCCCCCCCCCCCCCCCCCCCCCCCCCCCCCCCCCCCCCCCCCCCCCUUUCCCCCCCCCCCCCCCCUCCCCCCCCCCCCCCCUCUCCCCCCCCCCCCCCCCCCCCCCCCUCCCCCCCCCCCUCUCCCCCCCCCCCCCCCCUCCCCCCCCCCCCCCCCCCCCCCCCCCCCCCCCCCUCCCCCCCCCCUCUCCCCCCCCCCCUCUCCCCCCCCCCUCUCCCCCCCCCUCCCCCCCCCCCUCUCCCCCCCCCCCCCCCCCCCCCCCCCCCCCCCCCCCCCCCCCCCCCCCCCUCCCCCCCCCCCCUCCCCCCCCCCUCCCCCCCCCCUCCCCUCCCUCCCCCCCCCCCCCCCCCCUCUCUCCCCUCCGCCUCCACAGCCACCACCACCACAGCUAUCGCCACCACCACCAUCACCAUUGUUGCCAACUCCACCACCGUUGUUGCCACCAUCACCACCAUUGCUGUCACCAUUGCAGUGA